AUGGUUGAAGCAGCAACACCCUGUGCUUCUUCAGUGAUUGUUUCUGAUAUAAUGCAUCGUGAUAAUGCACCUCUUAAAGUGAUUGAAGUGAGUCAUAAUAUUGUGCGGAAUACUAAGGAAACAAUAUGGUUGUUAUUAAGCAAGCCAGUGGCUAAUGUUAGCAUAUCCAUUGCUAUUGGCAAUCGAAUGUUACCCGUUGAACGAUUGAAAACACAUGAUAAGCUGGUCAUAUUUUCUUUGCCGAUUCUUGUCAUUCCGGAUAAAGUAGAUAAAACAUCACCUGCAACAAAAAGUUUUAAAAUAUUGAUGAGAAGUGAUACACAACAGUUGGAACUUCCAAUGCAAGUACAUGUCAGUGCUACGAGUAAUGCAAGCGAUACAGCGGAGAUUGUCGAUAAGGAAGCGCUAAUAGCAUCGUUGUUUGAAUUUGCUGCGGAAGGAGAGCCGUUAGCUUUGGUAAAACCGUUAGUAACGCUCCUUGGUACACCUGACAACGACGGCUGCAAUGCCUUACACGUAGCAGCACGUAACAAGCAAAAUUUUGCACUAAAGACAAUACUGUCAGUGCUAUGUGAGUAUAGCAGUGAAGCGGAACGUCAAAGAAUUCUCAAUGCACCAAAUGUUCGAGGUCAAACAGCGCUACAUUGUGCGGUACGAGCUGGUGAUGCGGACUGUGUACAUUACUUGAUUAGUGCUGGUGCAAAAAGAAAUGUUGUGGAUAAUAAUUUGGAUACAGUUGCGCAUUAUUUGGGAGAGGCUUAUAAUGAUGCAAUUUACAAAGAAAUUCUGGAAACGAGUAGUAGUGAGGAAGUGGAAAGUGGAGUUGAGAUCAAUAGAGAGAAUAUUUUAGCCAAGAAAAAUUGCUAUGGAUAUACACCAGCUCAUGUCGCUGUUAAGAAGCUAAAAUUAAGUUUGUUGGAAGCACUGAUAGAAGCUGGUGCUCCAGUAGAUAUUCCUGACAAUAAUGGCGAAACACCGCUCUUGACAGCACUCUAUAUGGAUGACGCUGACGCGGCCUCUCUACUUGCUCAGCAUAAUUGUGAUGUUAAUGUAGUGUCGAAUUGUGGAGACACACCUCUCAAAAUUGCAUGUAAAAAGAAGAACCUUGUUAUGAUCGGAUGUCUUCUGGAUGCAGGGUCAACUAUGGAUUCUCUGGGAACAGGCGACGGACGACCAAUAGAAGCAGAUGACGAAGAUGUGCAGCGGAUUCUGAACGGUGAACGGGUUGAAGUACCUAGUGUAUACGCACAAGACGAUCCUGGAGAACAAGAAAUUAAUGAAUUACAAAGUGAAGAAUCGAUUAGCACGGCAACAAGCACCGAUGCUGCGACUAGUUAUCGACUUCGGACACUCAAAGACGACGUCUCCUGCUUGGAUUAUUUAACAAGGUUACGACUGUCAAAGAUACUAGAUGUGGAAGACAAAUGGACGAUACUGGCAGAUCAUCUCGGUUGUGGACACAUGGUAGAGUUCAUUCGUGUUUGUCUAGACGACUCUUCCUCGCCAACUAUGAUGCUGCUUGAUCAAUAUGAACAAGUUCCAAAUGCAAAUUUGUCAACUGUAAAACAGUCCCUGGAAGAUAUGGGCGAAACACUUGGGGUACGUUUGAUACAGGCUGGAAAUGAGCAACAAUGA